AUGUCAGAAAAUGAAGACUCUCCUAUGGAUGCCAAUGGCACAGAAAAAGAGACAGCCGAUCGUGGGUCAAAAGUACCUGGCAUGCCCCUGGAAAAUAAGCAAGGAUUUGGGGAAGAAAGCACUAUGUCAUCUCAUGAAAAAGAAAAUGAUGAUAUAGCAAAACUCCCAUCCUCACAUCAGGAUCUAGAAGUGAAACCACCACUAACCACCAUAAAAACGGGUGCGGUUAGACACAGAAGAAUUGGAGCGCAAACGGAAAAAAACAUCAAUCAGACAACACCAGCUGCUGCAUCCCAGACAGUCACCACUGCUGUGUCAGGGAAGCGCUCUGUGAUACUAUCUAAUGAAGCCCGAAAGGAGAAAAUAAAACAGGUCAAAGCUCUCAAAGAUGAGCGUAGAGCAGCUCUUGAUGGCCGACACAAGUACCUCAUCUCAAUCAUUGCAGAAAUGAUGAGCCUGGGAGACAUGGAAGUCGAGGAGGCUAUCAUCUCAGAUGAUAAGUUCUACAUGAUUGAAGAAUUCUUCUCCGCAAAUGGUUCAAAGAGUCUUACGUUCUUCUACCAAGUCACAGAAACGUCCCAUUCUUGGAUAGAUACCACAAAUUUAGCCACUGGACAGAAGAAGCUGUUUAUCACAACAGGCACUAAUGAGGGUCUUACCGGGCAGUGUUUGUUUUUCACAAGAAUCACAGACAAGGCCAUAACAACCACAAACAUAUCCCAGGAGGUGAAUUUUGGAAUGCUUGACGGCUCAGAGACAAGUGUCCUCCACAGUUUGGAGUUUCUUUUUACGCAGGUCAUGAACCAAGCCCUCAAAUCACAAGAGGAUUGGGGAGCUAUAAAAGGUGGUCAAAUGAGUCCAGAUGUGCAAGACUUUCUAAGGUCAGUGGAUAAGUUCAACUGUACCCUAUCUUCAGUGAUGAGGAGCAUGGAUGAAAAGUUUAAGCUUCAUAACAUCCCAUCAGCCCCUGACCUGAGUCAUAUACAGAAAGCUGAAGACUACAGUAAUGCAGCUAAUAACUCAGAGCUGGUAGAAAGUCUGGAAACAGUGCUGUUACACUGGGCCAAGCAGAUAGAGCAAGUGCUUACAGAGAGUGAGCGCAUUAGGAAAGAAUCAGAUGAUAUUGGACCCUCAGCAGAGCUGGCACACUGGAAGCGCAGAAUGAUCACCUUCAGCAGCCUCUUGGAUGAAAUCAAGGACCCCUAUGUGAAGAUGAUCAUUGGUAUAUUGAAUGCGGCCAAGUCGAAGACACUGAGUAAAUGGAGAGAACUGGAUGCAAGUAUUACGGUUGUGGCCAAUGAAGCUAAAGAUAAUGUGAAAUAUCUAUCAACUCUGGACAAGUUUUUUGAACUUUUGGAAAAAAGCACUCCAACCACCAUGCUGAAUCAAAUUCCCAAACUGAUGAACAGCAUACACAUGAUUCAGCGUGUGUCUCAAUAUUACAACACCUCUGAACACAUGACAUCGCUCUUUGUGAAGGUCACUAAUCAAAUGGUGACCACCAGCAAGGCUUAUCUCUGCCAAGGGGUGAUGAAAAUCUGGGACUUGGACAGGAAGGAACUGCUUCAGCGGAUGAAAGAAUGUAUUCAGCUGAACCAGGAGUACCAGCAAUGCUUCCACCGAAUGAAAGAGAAAUUACAGGAGAACCCUCUUGAACGGCAAUUUGAAUUGAGUGAAAAUUACAUAUUCGGAAAGUUUGAUACAUUCUGCAAACGUCUGGAGAAGAUAACAGACAUGGCCACAACUCUUGAAGAUUUUUCAAGCCUGCAGUUUAUGAAAGUUGAAGGUGUUGAUAAAAUAUACAUGCGCUAUCAAACGAUUGUUUCCAGCAUCAAAUCCAAGACCUACAAUGUGCUUGACCACCGCAAAUUAGAGUUUGACAAUGACUACACUGAGUUCAGAAGACAAAUCCAGGGCUUAUAUCAGUCUCUUGAUGCACUGAUUGACACUUGGCUUCAACGUCCGCUCAUUACUCAUCAGGUCCUUGACCUGCUGUCCAAAUUUGAGAACGGUGUGGGCAGACAAAUGGACCUCACCCAAAAGUAUAUGGUAGUUCUGCAAAGGUAUGAAUGUGACCUUGAGUUUGUGCGCAAACUCUACCAACGAGAGAAGAACAAUCCCUCUUCUGCUCAAUUCAAGACUCCUUUGGCUAGUAAAAUUCAGUGGUCACAAAAUCUAUUUAAAAAAAUUCAUUUGCCAAUGCAGAUCCUAAAAGACAAAUUGGACAUUAUGCAGAUGCCAGAGAGGAGGAAGAUUAUUCAGGCAUACAACAAACUUGCUGCCGUGCUGCUGGAGUAUGAAAUGAUACAUCACAAAGCUUGGGUUGAUGGUGUGGAACUGGGACUAUAUGGUCUCAAAUCUUCACUGCUGACUAGACACCCAGAAACCAAGGUGUUCUAUGUGAAUCUUGACCCUCUAGUCCUGGAAGUUUUGCAAGAGGCAAAAAACAUGUAUACAUUAGGUGCUAAUGUACCUGAUGUUAUCUACAACAUGGCUGCCAAAGAACCUCAGCUGAAGGAGUAUCGUACCAAAUUACAGGAGAUGCUAAGCAACUUUGAUGCAGUAGUCAAGAGGAUACCCAGUGUGCUACAGUCCCCAAUGAAGCCCUUCAUCAGAUAUGUGGAGACUGCUCUCUACCCUGGACUGACUAUUCUCUCAUGGACUUCCCUCAAUAUUGACCAUUUCAUAGGCUGUGUGUACAAAGCACUGCAAGAGCUGGAGCAAGUAGUGAAGGUUGUUAUGGAUAUUCUGGAAUGUCGAAUCGAGUGCACCUUAGAAUCCAUGGGUUCCACCAGUCUGCUGACACUGCCCAAAAAUCAGCCAGUUACACCUGAGAUGUUCCUCACCAAUACAGAGACCACUAUCAACACUGCAAGACAAACUAUGAAGAUUGCAAGCAAGCAGGUGGAGAGCUCAAUGAUGGAGAUGGUUGAAGAACUGAAGAGAGUGCUGAAACCUUCAGAAAGGGUCAACUUGGAGAACUACAAAUGUCUGCAUCCUGAUGCCAAGCAGAAAACACGUUGUCUAUGCUGCCUGCCAUGUGCUUUCUAUAUCAUGAUGGGACAGUUAUGUCAGAAGAACACAGAGGCCCUGGUCAGAGCUACCAAAUGCUCUCUGGAUUCUCUGUGGCGUCGGCUGCUUGUUGUGAGCUCCAAGUAUCGUUCUUCAUCUCAAAGUGAAGCUGCUGUUCAGUUUCCUCUUUUUAAAGUUUCUGUUGAGCUGGCCAUUCCCAACAUUGUCUUCAGACCAAGUUUCGAACAGAUACAGGGCAUUCUCAAUAAAGCUGUGAACAUGGUGCUUUCAAUGGCAAAGGAUGUUCCACUCUGGAAAUUUUCCCAUGUCCAACAAGAACAACUGGAGGCAGAGCAGGCAGCAGCGCGUGAGCUUGGAGAUGAGACUCUAGUCACUAAACCACUCGUGCUGAGGACUCUGGACAGACAGGUGACAGAACAUAAGGAUGUGAACAAGGCUUUGUCCCAGCUUGUCCCUGUGGUGUCCUCUCUCAAAGCAGAUGCUGGGGACAUCCUGAAAGGGUUGUCUCAAUUUUCAGCCCUGUGGAAACAGGACCCAGCAGAACAGGUGAAAGUAUUUUUGGAGACCAAACCAUUAUUGUCAGAAUUCAGCGGCCAACUAUCUCUGUAUUCUACAUUUGAGACCCGGAUUCAAGAGCUUCCUUCCACUUGUACUGUCUGCCCCAUCCUCUACGAAACUGACUCCCUCAAACUGUCCCUCGUUCAAGAGUGUCGCACCUGGAAACGUGCAUUUGGUGUGGCUCUAAACCAAAAGGCCUCUGUGGGCAUGGCUGAGAUUAGCUCUUUUGUGGAUGGGGUGAGCAAGCAGCUGCAGAGGCCAAUUUCUGACCUGGAUGACGUGAGAGAAACCAUGGGCGCCCUGCAAGAGAUACGAGAAGCGGAGAUACGGAUAGAGACCACCAGAGGACCGGUGGAGGAAUCAUUCGCUCUGUUAAAUCGCCAUGAGCUGUUCUUCAAUGAUGGAAAUGCGGAAAAGAUUGAUGGGGUUGUCUACGCUUGGAAGGAACUUAAUGUGAUGGCAAAAGAAACACAGAAUAAGCUUUUGGAAAUUCAACCUCAAAUGAAGGCUGAGCUUGUAGCUGGAGUUGAGGUCUUCCAGCAAUCUGUAAAAACGUUCUAUGCUGACUAUGACAACAGUGGUCCUGGAGUAACAGGUUUGGCCCCACGUGAAGCCAGUGACAGGUUGCAAGUUUAUCAGGCCAAGUUUGAUGAACUGUGGAGGAAAUUCGUCACCUUUUCUAGUGGAGAAGAACUGUUUGGCCUCCCUGUUACAGAAUAUCCUGAUCUUCACAGAAUCAAACGAGAGCUCAACCUUUUGUCCAAGCUGUACAGCCUCUACAAUUCUGUGAUUGACAGCGUUUCUGGCUACUACGACAUACUAUGGGCUGACCUCAAUAUAGAAAAGAUAAACAGUGAACUGCUGGAUUUUCAGAAUAGGAUCCGUAAGCUGCCUGGGGCCCUGAAGGAGUGGCAAGCUUUUAAUGACCUGAAAAAGACCAUUGAUGACUUUAAUGAAACCUGUCCUCUACUCUACAUGAUGGCAAAUAAGGCAAUGAUGCCCCGACAUUGGCAGCGCUUAACUGAUCUUACCGGCCACAAGUUUGAAGUGGAAGCUGCAAAUUUUAGCCUUCGAAAUAUCAUGGAAGCACCUCUACUACAGAACAAAGAAGAUAUUGAGGAUGUGUGUAUCAGUGCCGUUAAGGAACGAGACAUUGAUGCCAAACUCAAAGAUGUUGUGACUGAAUGGAGCAGCCAUCAGUUCACAUUCGCAUCAUUCAGGAAUCGCGGAGAACUGCUGCUGAAGGGAUCGGACACCUCUGAGAAAGUGGCCUUAAUGGAGGACAGUCUUAUGGUGCUUGGAUCUUUAAUGAGUAACAGAUAUAAUGCUCCAUUUAAGCCCACCAUCCAGCAGUGGGUGCAGAAGUUGUCAAACAGUUCAGAGGUGAUUGAGAAGUGGCUCACAGUGCAAAAUCUGUGGCUGUACCUGGAGGCUGUGUUUGUGGGUGGAGACAUUGCCAAACAACUGCCACAGGAGGCUAAACGCUUCCAAACCAUCGACAAAUCAUGGCAGAGGAUAAUGCAGCGGGCACAUGAGAUUCCUGGUGUCAUUCAGUGCUGUGUCGGGGACGAGACACUGCAGCAGCUCCUGCCGCACCUUCUGGAACAGCUGGAAGUGUGUCAGAAAUCUCUGAGCGGAUACCUGGAAAAGAAACGCCUUGUCUUUCCACGGUUCUUUUUUGUCUCUGACCCUGUCCUGUUGGAGAUACUGGGUCAGGCAUCUGACUCACACACCAUACAGGGUCACCUGUUGAACCUUUUUGAUAAUGUGAACAGAGUUGUGUUUCAUGAGAAAAACUAUGACCAGAUACUAAGCUUUCAGUCACAAGAAGGGGAAACAGUGAAUCUGAGUGAACCAAUCAAUGCCCAGGGUAAUGUAGAAGCCUGGCUGGGUCUGGUCCUGGAUGGAGUCAGGAAGACCAUUCACAACAUUAUACGACAGGCUCAUAUGGUUAUUACUGACCAGGGCUUUAAACUGGUGGAGUUCCAGUCGAUGUUCCCUGCUCAGGUUGGGCUGCUCGGCAUACAGCUCAUCUGGACCAGAGAUGCUGAGGAGGCUCUCUGUAAUAGCAAGACUGACAAAAAGAUAAUGCAGACUACUAACCAGAACUUCCUGGAUCUUUUGAAUGAACUGAUUGAUAUGACUACUCACGAUCUGACCAAGAUGGAGAGAACCAAAUAUGAGACGCUCAUCACAAUACAUGUUCACCAGAAGGACAUUUUUGAUGAUCUGGUACGAAUGAACAUCCGGUCACCUUUAGACUUUGAAUGGCAGAAACAGUCACGCUUCUACUUCAAAGAGGAUACAGAUAGAUGCAUAAUCCAAAUCACUGAUGUGGAAUUUGAUUACUGUAAUGAGUAUCUGGGCUGCACUGAUCGUCUGGUGAUCACACCUCUCACUGACAGAUGUUAUAUCACGUUGGCCCAGGCUUUAGGGAUGAGUAUGGGAGGGGCCCCGGCUGGCCCUGCUGGGACAGGAAAAACUGAAACCACCAAAGACAUGGGCCGUUGCCUGGGAAAAUACGUGGUUGUCUUCAAUUGCUCCGACCAGAUGGACUUCCGUGGACUGGGCCGCAUCUAUAAAGGAUUAGCUCAGUCUGGAGCAUGGGGCUGUUUUGAUGAGUUCAACCGCAUCGAGCUGCCUGUGCUCUCAGUAGCUGCUCAACAAAUCUACAUCGUCCUGCAGUGCAAGAAGAACAAAAAAACUCAAUUCAUAUUCACAGAUGGAGAUGUGGUGGAUAUGGAUAGAGAGUUUGGGAUCUUCCUUACUAUGAACCCAGGUUAUGCUGGUCGACAGGAGCUUCCUGAGAACUUGAAAAUUCAGUUCCGCACAGUGUCCAUGAUGGUGCCUGAUCGAGCCAUCAUCAUGAGGGUGAAACUUGCCAGCGCAGGUUUUCGUGAAAAUCAAGUCCUCAGCCGCAAGUUUUACACGCUGUACAAACUGUGUGAGGAACAGCUUUCUAAACAGGUCCAUUAUGACUUUGGCUUGAGAAACAUCUUGUCUGUUUUGAGAACUCUGGGUGCUGUGAAGAGAUCCAACCCAACUGAGCCAGAAAAGACUGUGGUCAUGAGAGUUCUGCGGGACAUGAACCUCUCCAAACUGGUAGAUGAAGAUGAGCCCCUGUUCAUGAGUCUGAUAAACGACUUGUUUCCGGGCAUUCAGCUGGAUAAAGCUGGUUAUCCUGAUCUGGAAGCUUCUAUCACCAAACAAGCUGAAGAAGCCGGGUUGAUUGCGCACCCACCCUGGAUUCUCAAACUUGUGCAACUAUAUGAGACACAGAGAGUGAGACAUGGUAUGAUGACUCUUGGUCCCAGUGGAACAGGAAAGACCACAUGUAUCCACACUCUAAUGAAAGCAAUGACAGAAUGUGGAAAUCCACACAAAGAAAUGAGGAUGAAUCCCAAGGCUAUUACUGCCUCCCAGAUGUUUGGCACAUUGGAUGUGGCCACAAAUGACUGGACAGAUGGUGUCUUCUCUACACUGUGGAGGAAAACUUUAAAGUCCAAAAAGGGAGAACACAUAUGGAUUGUUCUUGAUGGUCCAGUUGAUGCUAUCUGGAUUGAAAAUCUCAACUCCGUCUUGGACGAUAACAAAACCCUCACCCUGGCAAAUGGAGACCGAAUACCAAUGGCCCCCAACUGCAAGGUGGUAUUUGAGCCACACAACAUCGACAAUGCAUCUCCUGCCACUGUGUCCCGCAAUGGAAUGGUCUUCAUGAGCUCCUCUGUUCUGGAAUGGCAACCCAUACUGCAGGCCUGGCUGCAAAAUAUCCCAGCAACACAGGCUGAAGUGCUACUGGCCUCCUUCAACUCAAUCUAUCAGGAUUUGAUGACUUUUGUCUGCACUGCCGUUUCCCCCAAAAUGCAGCUGCUUGAGUGCAUGUACAUCAAGCAAACAAUUGAUUUAUUACAGGGCCUGUUGCCAGCCGUUGAAGAGAAACACCUAACAGCAGCUCACAUCAAACGUCUCUUCAUAUUUGCUGUGAUGUGGUCUGUUGGUGCUUUGCUGGAAUUGGAUGAUCGAGCCAAGAUGGAGGUAUUCCUUAAAAAGCACAAUGCCAAGUUGGACUUGCCCACCACACAGGGGGACCAGACAAUCUUUGAGUUUGUAGUCAGUGCAACUGGAGAGUGGGAUCUCUGGUCUACAAGGGUGCCAGAGUAUCACUAUCCCAAAGACUCAGUUCCAGACUAUGCCUCCAUUCUCGUACCCAAUGUUGACAAUAUACGGACAGACUUCCUGAUGCAAACCAUUAUGAAGCAAGGCAAAGCUGUCCUGCUCAUUGGUGAACAGGGAACAGCCAAGACAGUCAUGAUCAAGGGCUACAUGAGCAAGUAUGACCCGGAAACGCAUUUGAGCAAAAGCCUAAACUUCUCCUCGGCCACUCUGCCUGGCAUGUUCCAGCAGACUAUUGAGAGUUACAUAGACAAACGCAUGGGCACCACCUAUGGACCUCCAGGCGGGAGGAAGAUGACUGUCUUUAUUGACGACAUCAACAUGCCAGUUAUCAAUGAGUGGGGUGAUCAGAUCACUAACGAAAUUGUUCGCCAGCUGAUGGUGCAGGGAGGUUUCUACAGCCUGGAACGAUCUGGGGAAUUCACCAGUGUAGUCGACUUGUAUGUGGUGGCUGCUAUGAUCCACCCUGGUGGUGGCCGCAAUGAUAUCCCCCAACGACUCAAACGCCAGUUCUGUGUGUUUAACUGCACUCUACCAUCCAACUCCUCCAUAGAUAAGAUAUUCCAAACGCUGGCCAGUGGUUAUUUUUGCUCAGAAAGAGGCUUCACGGAAGAGGUGUGCUCUCUAGCUGCCGCCCUGGUCCCCACCACCAGGAGAGUGUGGCAAGUGGUCAAAGCUAAGGUACUGCCAUCAGAUGCCAUGACCCAUUUGAUGAAAAUCUCUCGGAUAAUCCGGACGGCUCGUGGUAAUGCACUACUGGUUGGAGUCGGGGGUUCUGGGAAACAGAGCCUCACCCGACUUUCAUCCUUCAUUGCUGGAUACCAGAGCUUUCAGAUUACACUGACACGAACAUACAAUGUGAGUAAUCUAAUUGAGGACCUGAAAACCCUGUACAGAAUCGCAGGUUUGGAAGGGAAGGGCGUGACUUUCAUCUUCACGGACAAUGACAUCAAGGAUGAAGCUUUUUUGGAGUACAUGAACAACGUUCUGGCAUCGGGAGAAGUCUCAAACCUGUUUGCUCGAGACGAGGUGGAUGAGAUCACCCAAAGUCUUAUUCCCAUCAUGAAGAAAGAUCUCCCACGCUGCCCACCCACCAUCGACAACCUCUACAACUACUUCCUGUCCAGGGUGCGCAGUAACCUUCAUGUUGCUCUUUGCUUCUCUCCGGUGGGUGAGAAACUGCGUUCCCGUGCCCUGAAGUUCCCCGGCCUCAUCUCGGGUUGCACUGUGGACUGGUUCCAGCGGUGGCCACGGGAUGCUUUAGUAGCUGUGGCUCACCAUUUCCUCUCCAACUAUUCACUGCGUUGUUCAGAUGAGGUGAAGAAGAGUGUGGUAGAAACUAUGGGAACAUUCCAAGACAUGGUGGCAGAAAUCUGCACCGAGUAUUUCCAGCGCUUCAGGCGUCAGACCUAUGUGACACCCAAAUCCUACUUGAUGUUUAUUAAAGGAUACCAGAUAAUUUACUCAGAAAAAAUUGAUCAUGUGGGGAUGCUUGCAGAACGAAUGAACACAGGUCUUGAGCGUCUCAUGGAGGCCGAACAGUCUGUUAAUGAGCUUCGUGUGGAGCUGAGAGAGAAGGAGAAGGUGCUGGAGGUGGCUAACCAGAAAGCAGAAGUAGUUUUACAGGAGGUCACGGCCAAGGCACAAGCUGCGGAAAAGGUGAAGGUUCAGGUCCAGAAGGUGAAAGAUAAGGCCCAGGCGAUUGUGGAUGAGAUAGAGGGGGACAAGAAGGUUGCCGAGUCCAAACUUGAGGCGGCCAAACCAGCAUUAGAGGCAGCUGAGGGUGCGCUAAAGACCUUAAAGCCUGCUGACAUCGCAACAGUGCGUAAACUGGGAAAGCCUCCACAUCUGAUCAUGCGGAUCAUGGACUGCGUACUGCUGCUGUUCCAGCGACGGGUGGAUGUGGUCACCAUGGACCCCGAGAGACCCUGUGUAAAACCUUCAUGGAGUGAAGCUCUUAAAUUGAUGAACAACUCUGCAUUCCUCAGCAAUCUGCUGAACUUCAACAAGGCUAACUUAAAGCUUCAAGAAGCUCGUUUGACUGUAGCACAGAACGAACUAUCAAGCGCUCAGGAACAACUGGACUCGAAGCAGAGAGAGCUGGAUGAGGCUCAGGCAAUGUAUGAUGCGGCCAUGAAGGAGAAGCAAGACCUGCUGGAUGAUGCUGAGGCAUGCAAGAAGAAAAUGUCCAAUGCUGUGGCACUUAUAGAUGGACUUGGUGGAGAAAAGAUUCGCUGGACGGAGAGCAGUGCUCAGUUCGCGAGACAAAUCAAAGAUUUGGUGGGGGAUGUUUUGCUGGCCACUGGAUUUCUAUCCUAUGCUGGGCCUUUCAACCAGGAGUAUCGCAGCCUUCUUAUGCAGCAGUGGAAGAAAGAGAUGAAUAUCUGCCGCAUCCCUUACAGCGAGAACCUGAAUUUGAUCAGUAUGCUGGUGGACAAUGCAACUAUAGGAGAAUGGAACUUGCAGGGUCUCCCCAACGAUGACCUGUCCAUUCAGAAUGGCAUCAUCGUAACAAAAGCUUCUCGUUAUCCUCUGCUCAUUGAUCCUCAGGGCCAGGGCAAGAUCUGGAUCAAGAACCGUGAAAAUAAUAAUGAGCUACAGGUGACAUCACUAAACAACAAAUAUUUCCGAACUCACCUGGAAGACUGCCUGUCCCUGGGCAAACCUUUGCUCUUAGAGGAUGUUGGGGAAGAGCUUGAUCCAGUGCUAGAUAACAUACUGGAGAAGAACUUCAUAAAGUCUGGAAAAACUUCUAAAGUAAAAGUCGGGGACAAAGAAGUGGAUGUAAUGGAUACAUUUACUUUGUACAUCACAACUAAACUAGCCAACCCUGCAUACAGCCCAGAAAUCAAUGCUAAGACAGCAGUGGUGGAUUUUACAGUUACCUUGAAGGGUUUGGAGGACCAGUUACUUGGCAGAGUCAUUCUCAUAGAGAAAAAGGAAAUGGAGGCUGAACGUGUGAAGCUCUUGGAGGAAGUGACAUCGAACAAGAGGAAGAUGCAGGAUUUGGAGAGCAAUCUUCUGUACAAGUUAACCAGCAUUCAGGGCUCUCUAGUGGAGGAUGAGUCUCUUAUCGAGGUGCUCAGAGUCACCAAGACUAUAGCACAGGAGGUAAGUCAAAAGCUAGCAGUUGCUGCAGAGACUGAAAUUAACAUCAACCACACUCGAGAAGAGUACCGUCCAGUGGCCACCAGGGGGAGCAUCCUCUACUUCCUGAUUGUGGAGAUGAGCCUGGUCAAUGUGAUGUACCAAACUUCACUACGCCAGUUUUUGGGCAUCUUUGACAUGUCGAUGGAGAAGUCGCCAAAGUCCCCCGUUACAGCUAAAAGACUAGACAACAUCAUGGAGUACCUCACAUUUGAAGUCUUCCGCUAUACUGCUCGGGGACUUUAUGAAGAUCACAAGUUCCUCUUUACACUGCUUCUGACGUUGAAAAUAGACUUACUGGCCAAAAACGUUUCCCAUAGCGAGUUUCAGACCUUCAUCAAAGGCGGAGCAUCUCUAGACUUAAACUCUGUCGAGCCCAAGCCAAGGCGCUGGAUACUGGACACAACAUGGCUAAACUUAGUGCAGUUGUCCAGCCUGCCUCCCUUCACUGCUCUCCUAACCCAGGUGGCCCGCAAUGACCGUGCCUGGAAGAGCUGGUUUGAUGAAGGCACUCCAGAGGAGACUCCUCUUCCUGAUGGUUAUGACAGCCAACUGGAUGCAUUCCGCAAACUGCUGCUAAUACGAAGCUGGUGUCCUGACCGCACCAUUGCACAGGCACGUAAAUACAUUGCUGAAUCAAUGGGGUUGAAGUAUGCAGAGGGAGUGAUUCUGGAUAUGGAUGCCAUGUGUUCAGAAAGUGAUAAGAGGAUACCUCUAGUCUGCUUCCUGUCUAUGGGUUCUGAUCCCACAGAGAGCAUAGAGAGACUCGCCAGGUCGAAGGGUGUUCCUUGCAGGCCAAUCUCCAUGGGACAGGGACAGGAAGUACAUUCAAGAAGGCUUCUGGCCCAGAGCAUGUCUGAUGGAGGCUGGUUACUUCUGCAGAACUGCCAUCUGGGAUUAGAGUUCCUGGAUGAAGGUUUAGACACAGUUACCACAACAGAGAGCAUCCAUGACAAUUUCAGGUUAUGGGUGACCACAGAGGGGCACCCUAAAUUCCCCAUUAACUUCCUGCAGUCUUCAAUUAAAUUCACCAAUGAGCCUCCGCAAGGGGUGAAGGCUGGACUCAAGCGGACAUACAAUAGUGUGACCCAGGAACAGCUGGAGAUCUCCAACAUGCCUCAGUGGAGGCCUAUUUUCUAUGCUGUGGCCUUCCUCCAUACCACAGUCCAGGAGAGACGCAAAUUUGGUCCACUUGGCUGGAACAUUCCCUAUGAGUUCAACCAGGCUGAUUUCACUUCCAGUGUCCAGUUUGUGCAGAACCACUUGGAUGAUAUCGACAUCAAGAGAGGAGUGAACUGGUUUUGCCUGCGAUACAUGCUAGGAGAGGUGCAGUAUGGUGGACGUGUCACGGAUGAUAUGGACAAACGCCUGCUCAAUACUUUCGCCCGUAUCUGGUUUAGUGAAAACAUGUUUGGGGACAAGUUCUGUUUCUAUAAAGGAUAUACUAUACCAAAGGCCAAGAUGCUGCAGGAUUACCAUGUGCAUAUUGAUACUCUGCCAUUGGUUGAUACACCUGAGGUAUUUGGCCUCCAUUCCAAUGCUGACAUUACUUACCAGACCAACAUGGCUAAUGAAACCCUGAACACCAUCCUCAACAUCCAACCCAAAGACAGCAGCAGUGGGGAGGGCGAGACCAGGGAGUCAUCUGUCCAGAAGAUGGCCAAUGAGAUGCUAGAAAAACUUCCUGCUGACUAUGUGCCACACGAGGUAAGGAGUAACCUACAAAAAAUGGGUGCAUUCCAGCCCAUGACUAUAUUCCUUCGUCAGGAGCUUGACAGAAUGCAGCGUGUCAUUGGUCGUGUGCGCACUACCCUCACCGACCUUAAACUUGCCAUUGAUGGGACUAUAAUAAUGUCAGAGGAUCUCCGCGACGCUCUGGACAGCAUGUAUGAUGCUCGUGUUCCAAAGUCCUGGCAAAAAAUCUCUUGGGAAGCUGCUUCUCUGGGUUUCUGGUUCACCGAACUCCUUGAGAGGAACCAGCAAUUCCACAACUGGACUUUCAGUGGUCGACCUCAUCAGUUUUGGCUCACAGGGUUUUUCAAUCCACAGGGGUUCUUAACUGCGAUGCGUCAAGAGACCACUCGAAUGAAUCUGUCUAAAGGCUGGGCCCUAGACACCGUCGUCCUACUUAACGACGUCACUCGCAUGAUGAAGGAAGAUGUCACAGCCCCCCCGCCAGGAGAUGUGGGCGGCGUCUAUAUCUAUGGCCUCUAUCUGGAUGGUGCUGGAUGGGACAAGAAGAAUGCAAAACUGACAGAAUCAUCUCCAAAGGUUCUCUUCACACCAUUGCCGGUUGUACAUGUGUUUGCGGUGAGCAGCACCACAGAAACCAAGAAGCCUCCCAUUAAUCUCUACUCUUGCCCAGUGUACAAGAAACCAAGAAGAACUGACCUGACAUACAUAUUUUCACUGUUGCUCCGGAGCAGCCAGAGCCCAGACCACUGGACGCUGAGGGGAGUCGCUUUGCUCUGUGACUGUAAAUAAACUCAUAAUGUAGUCCAGAGCUAU